UUCCCCAAAUACAGGCACCAUAACUUCAAUCUUGUGAAACACAGACACAAGUAUGAGAAAACAAAGCUAAAAUCAAAAACAAAAACAAUGUCCAAAGCUUUGCUUCCUCUCUUCUUCUUCUUCUUGACAUGCUUUUCUAAGCCUAUAACUUACACUCCAAAAGCCAGCUUACUUUUCCCAUCCGACGCCGUUUCCAUCCUCUCCUUUAAAUCCAAGGCCGACCUCGACAACAAACUCCUUUACGAGCUCAACGAGCGCUUCGACUACUGCCAAUGGCAAGGCGUCAAAUGUGCUCAAGGCCGUGUCGUCCGCUAUAUCCUCCAGAAUUCAGACUUACGUGGCAUUUUCCCCGCCGAUUCUCUCACUCGCCUCGACCAGCUCCGUGUCCUCAGUCUCCAUAACAACUCGUUGUCGGGUCCGAUCCCCGACUUGUCCUCUCUUUACAACCUUAAAUCCCUGUUUUUGGACCGUAACAAUUUUUCUGGCACUUUCCCUCCUUCUGUCUUACUUCUUCAUAGAAUAACUUCUCUCGAUCUUUCUUACAAUGGUUUAACCGGUCCGAUGCCGGCUAACUUAACCGUUUUGGACCGGUUAAAAAUCCUCCGGCUCGAGUGGAACCGGUUUAACGGAACGGUCCCGCCUUUAAACCAAUCAUUUCUACUCAUUUUCAAUGUUUCAGGAAACAAUCUUACUGGAAAAAUACCGGUCACCCGGACUUUAUCGAAGUUCAAUACGACGGCGUUCUCAUUGAACCCUAAUUUAUGUGGAGAGAUUAUCAACAAAGCCUGCACUUCACGUGCUCCAUUUUUCGGUUCUCCUUCAGCGUCAGGUCCGCUAGGGCAAAGCGCGGAGGUUCAAGGCAGCGGCGCCAACAGUGGAGGGAUUUUAGUUCUUACACCGCCAUCCUCACCGAAGAAGAAGCACCAGAAAACUACGGCGGUCUUGGGGUUUACCUUCGGAAUUGCUUUGAUAAUAUUUUCAGUUUUGUUAGCUUUAGCUUUGGUUAGAAAACAAAGCGGUAAAAAGAGACUGGACUCAAAAGAAACAAAGCCAACAACAAUAGUUUCAUCAGAAGCAACGAACUCAAACCUAGGAAACCCAAAAACCCAAGUUGAAGAAGUUUCGGAGAGAAAAUUAGUAAUAUCCGAAGUUCAAAAGCCGAAAAAGAGUGGGAAUUUAGUGUUUGUUGCUGGUGAAGUUGAAGGUUACAGUUUAGAACAGCUAAUGAGAGCUUCAGCUGAGUUAUUAGGGAGGGGUACGAUGGGGACCACGUAUAAGGCAGUGGUUGAUGGGCAGUUGAUUUUGACGGUGAAGAGAUUGGAUGCUGGGAAAACGGGGGUGACCAGCGGUGAAGUUUUUGAGCAACAAAUGGAUGCCGUUGGAGGGCUGAGACACCCCAAUUUGGUGCCAAUUAGAGCUUAUUUUCAAGCUAAAGGAGAAAGGCUCGUGAUCUAUGAUUAUCAACCCAAUGGAAGCGUUUACAACCUCGUUCAUGGUUCAAGAUCAACAAGGGCAAAGCCUCUUCAUUGGACGUCAUGUUUAAAGAUAGCAGAAGAUGUUGCCCAGGGCCUUGCUUACAUCCACCAAGCAUCAAGGCUUGUCCAUGGCAACUUGAAAUCCUCCAACGUGCUCCUUGGGACUGAUUUCGAAGCCUGUCUCACCGACUACUGCCUUGCUGUCCUUGCAGACUCUUCUUCUACUGAAGAUCCUGAUUCUGCUGCCUAUAAAGCUCCUGAGAUUCGAAAAUCAAACGGCAGACUCACUCCCAAGUCUGAUGUUUAUGCAUUUGGUGUCUUCCUGCUGGAGCUUUUGACGGGUAAACAUCCAUCACAACAUCCUGUGCUUGUGCCCCAUGACGUAAUGGAAUGGGUUAGAACAAUGCGAGAAGAUGAUGGUGGGGAAUAUCACCGGCUUGGAAUGCUAACUGAAGUUGCUAGCGUUUGUAGCUUGAAAUCACCGGAGCAGAGGCCGCCGAUGUGGCAAGUGUUAAAGAUGAUACAGGAGAUCAAGAAGAGUGCAAUGAUAGAGGAUAGUGCAUCUUUUGGGUAUUCAUAACAAUAUAGAAUGAAUCAAAUAUUUGUUGAUGCUAAGAAUGAAGCAAAUUGGAAUUUGCUGUGUGGUGUUCAGGCUUAGCCGAGAAAUUUAUUCAAGCUCCUGUAUAUGACAAUCUGAUUUCAUUUAUUACACGUGAGAUAGAUCAUAUGAUGUUACCAAAGGCUUUAUUAGCUAUUUUUCAUAUCAGCGUCGCAGUAUAAAGAUUAAAAAAAAAAGAGAU